AUGGGCUGGCUGGCUGCUGAGAAGGCCAGCAACCUCUUACUGGAAUCCAAUUAUGUUGAACCAAUAGUUAUCGAGUGCUCACUCAAUGCCUUGGCCUGGAGUACGAGAAGGAAUAGGAUUUUAGAGGCUGCUAUGUCAAGGGUAAGGGACUCACAGAAACCCUCAGUACUCAGCCAUGGGCCGAAGAUGCCAUCAGGCAAAAAGGUGAAGGCUCCACGCUGUCCCCUGUCCAGGUCGUGGAAGCAGGACCAUGAACAGACUCUGGCGGAGGCCUAUGUGCCAGUGGUGGUGGACCCCAGGGGGCAGAACCCGAACAAGCUCAGGUUCAAUUUCUACACCUCCCAGUACUCCAACACCCUGAACCCCUUCUACACCUUGCAGAAGCCUACCUGCGGCUCCCCGUACCGCCGGGACACCGACCACACCCGCAAGCGCUUCGACGUGCCUCCUGCCAACCCGGUCUUGUGGCGCUCGUAG